UGAAUCAGACAAAGCUAAUACAUAAAGUCUGCAGGCACAUGUACAGUCUGCACCUGGACUUAAUGCGAUAAAGUGAAGAGGACAAAGUGAUUAUUUGUCUCUGAUGGGUGCAGACGGCUGGUUUAUUUUUGCACAAAUGAUAUAAGAGAUACCGCUGGAUGGACAAGCUAACCACAACCAGGAAUGUUGGGAGUGCUGGAGGCACUGGAGUAAGAGGUGAUUUUUCACUAAGUGCAGGUGAGUCAGGUGGAAGAUCUGCAUCAGGAGGCUCUGGUGUCACAAGCAGCUCUGUGGCGAUAUCAUCCAGAAGCUCCAGUGGAUCUGGACUAAACAGAGGUUCUGGAAGCACCAGCUUCACUAAUGUAGGAGCUGCUGAACCCAUGACAGAGAUUGGGGCAGGUGGAGGAAUGUCCUCCGGCAUGUCUUCUAGUUUUGUGAGUGGUGGCAGAGAGGGGAGAAGGGAUGGAGGUCUCGGUGGUGUUACCACAGUGACCAAGACCAGCUACAGCUCAGGUGGAUCUGGAAAGAGAGGAUCGUCCUCUGCAGCCACUUACUCGCCUUCUGCAAGAGAGAAGAAGAGCACGACCGCGAUGGCAGCAGCUCUCUCCGACGUGUUCGAUGACAGCUCAAGCACAAACUCUUCCCCUGAGUAUAACAGGAAGGUGUACAGCACAUCAACUGCAACUUCAAGUUCUGCCACCAGAGGGAGAACUCGGAGCAGAGAGAGUGAGAUCAGAGCCCGACUUCAGAGUGCUUCUCCACCAGCAAGUUGGACAGAGCUGGACGAUGUGAAGCGUCUGCUGAGAGGAAACCACUCCACCAGCACCAGCCCCACACAGUCCCCCAACAACACACUGCCCAUCCCCAGGAAGGCUGGUGUGGAGGCCAGGACCAUGUCUGAGAGCUCCACGACUACAGAGCACUAUGGCAGCAUUUGGCCUGGAGGAGUAAGCAGCAGUUACAGUUACAGCAGCAACCCAAACAAUCUGUCCACUUCCUCCACUCUUUACCAGUCAGGAGCUCAGAACAACCUGACACUCAGCUCUCCCUAUGUGAGCAGUGGAUUAUCUCCCAGCAGCACUGUGUAUGGUGUUCAGAAUAAUCUGGUCAGUACUAGUCCCACUGCUCUCUCUCCCACUGGCACCAGCACUCAGAUAGUUUAUGGCGUGCAGAAAAAUGUUUCUGGCACUGGAAUAAGCACAACCACAGUGAGGCCCAGCAGUCCCAGCUUUGAUGGAGCUCCAGGCAAAGACUUUAACUUUGUGCUGAUAGAGAAGGAGAACGUGCCCAUCAAAAAGGAGACAGAGAGGCUGGUCAUGACCAAAGACACAGGGAAGCAGUUCAUCAGCUCGGCUGCACCUCUCACUUCUGCUGUGUCCUACUCUGAUGACUCCCUGAAGAAACAGAAGUUAUCAACCAGCACAAUGGACGAACUAGCAGACGCUAAAUAUGAUUCAGCGCUGAAAGUUGCAAAAAAGGACAAGGCCACAUAUGCAGAGAUUCAAAAAGAUGAAUUUGGCUUUGGCUGGUGCUCCUGCUGCAGCUGGUGGAAGUGGCUGUUGGGCCUCCUGCUCGGCCUCCUCCUCCUCCUCGGACUCCUCUUUGGGCUCAUUGCUCUGGGGGAAGAAGUGAAGCGUCUCAAGAACCGCGUCGACGCAUUAGAAGCCAGCGCGGGCACGGCCUCAGCCACGUCCAGCCGAUUGUCAGCCUCCUCAGGCAUCAACAUCGUCGACCCACUGGAGUCGUCGUACAUUGGCAGGAGUUCUGGUGGCCUGACCCGCUCUGACAACACAAUCAACCUGGGAGCUGCAGGGUCAGGAGUGGGUGGUGCAGGCGGGCCAAGACAGGACAGUGCUGUCCUGCAGAGGACCAUUCAGCAGCUGGUCAGGGCUGAACUCCACUCAGAUGCUAUGAGAGAAACACUUACACACGGUCUAAAAGGGGAGAGAGGAGAUUCAGGACCCAAAGGCGACCCAGGGGCGAUAGGACAAAAAGGGGAAAGCGGUUUCCCUGGUCUGCCAGGUCCCCCUGGGCAGAUGGGUCAUUCAGGAUUGGAUGGUGUGAGGGGACCAAAGGGAAGUGCAGGUGAACAAGGUAUUGAGGGACCACCAGGUCAGAGGGGCCGGGAUGGACUGAUGGGCCCCCGCGGAGAGACUGGACCACCUGGUUUUGGAGAGAAAGGAUCUCAAGGAGAACCAGGACGUCCCGGUCUUGCUGGUGUCGUUGGACCUGCUGGGCCAAAAGGUGACGUGGGACAUAACGGUGUGUCAGGAAUCCCCGGUUCUCCUGGUCCAAAGGGUUACCAGGGUGAAGCAGGAGCUCCAGGAGUUAAAGGUGACAGAGGAAGUCCAGGAGUGCCAGGGACCAAAGGAGAGCAGGGAGAGUGGGGUCCACGUGGACCCUCAGGUCAACCUGGACAAAUGGGACCACAAGGCCCUGCUGGACCAAAGGGGGCUAAAGGAAUUACAGGUGACACUGGUUCAAUGGGACUUCCUGGUGUCAGAGGGCCACCUGGACUUCCUGGAGAUGCUGGUCCCUCAGGAACCCCCGGUCUUCAAGGACCCCCAGGCAUUGCUGGGAAUCCUGGACACCCUGGUGCUAAAGGUGAACCUGGUUUGCCUGGUAAAGUCAUCAGUCCAAUUGGCUCUGAUACUGUGGCCAUCCCUGGACCUCCAGGAGCUGCUGGUCCUCCAGGCCCUGCUGGAGCCCCUGGUUUGUCUGGUCCAAUUGGUCCUGCUGGUCUCCCGGGACAACCUGGUCCUAAAGGAGCACAAGGGGAGAAAGGAGACAGGGGAGACAGAGGAGAGAGAGGAGCACAAGGUAAACCUGGUGAGCCCGGCAUCAGCGUCACAAGUUCAGAGACUGUUAGUGCCACCCGAACUGGUCACCUUUCAUCAGCGGGAGGAUGGCCUGGUCCUCCAGGACCUCCAGGUCCUCCUGGUCCUCAGGGUCAUCCUGGAGAGAGCACACAAGGUCCUCCAGGACGCAGAGGUCCUCCAGGAGAGCCAGGCGUUGGCUUUCCUGGACCCCCAGGAGAGAGAGGAGAACCUGGUAGUUUUGUGCCUACAUCAGAAACCUUCUUUGCUGGACCACCAGGACCUCCAGGUCCCCCCGGCCUGCAGGGUUCAGCAGGUGACAGAGGGCCACGUGGUUACCAAGGUGAACCAGGUCAGCCAGGUCUUCCAGGAGAACCAGGUGUUGGUUUCCCAGGUCCGGUUGGAUCUCGGGGCCCACCGGGUCCACCGGGCCCACAAGGUCCUCCAGGACACAGAGGUGAUCCAGGAGCAGCAGGAUUCCCAGGAGCGUCCUCUAGUGAUAGUUCCUUCAGUUCUGGCCUGAGGGGAAGAGAUGAUGUGAGCCAGUACAUUGCUGAUUACCUCCAGAGUAGUCAAAUCAGGGAGUAUCUAGCUGGACCUGCUGGACCUCCAGGGCCUCCCGGUCCUCCGGGAUCCUCAGGUUAUGCAGGGGAUGGAAUGGUGGACAACGUGGCCAAUCAAGUCCUCGCCUACAUCCAAAGUUCAGGUCGAGGAUUUAAUGGGGCUCCUGGUCCUCCUGGCCCCCCAGGUCCUCCUGGUGCCAUCUCUACCAGCGACAUCAUCAACCUACUACAACGAGAGGAUGUGAGGAGAUUUGUUGCUGGUCCACCUGGUCCACCCGGUCCACCCGGACAUCCAGGAACUGGAACCAUUGGCAGCUAUAUCAACAUAGAAAACCAACAGGAGAUUGCUGAAAAGGUGCUCAGCCUCAUGAACGACAGGGGGGUGUUAGGUGUCCCUGGACCACCAGGACCUCCUGGGUCUCCUGGGUCUCCUGGUCUUCCUGGAAACGUGUUAUCAACUGGGUAUCAAACAAUCAUGGGUCCUCAGGGGCCGCCUGGACCUCCAGGUUUCCCUGGUGUACAAGGACCGCCCGGACCUGCAGGACCACCUGGUUCAGUGGGACCUGGGAACUACAUCACCUCAGAUAUUCGUGACUACCUUCAAAGCGUUGCCUUCAGAGGUUCUCAAGGUCGCCCUGACCCCAGUGGUUCUGAGGGCCACGGUGAUGAAAGGACUAGACUGGCUUCCUAUGCUGAACGUGCUGAGAGAGGGUCGCUCACACCUGAACAACAGGAACACUACAAGAGUGGCUCUGUGAGAGGAGCUAUGUUUGGAAUCCCUGGUCCGCCAGGACCUCCUGGACCCCCAGGACACAAGGGAGAGCCAGGUGGGGCUGGUGCCACAGACUGGAACCUGGAUGCUGUUUCCUACUCCAAUAUGGCUGCCAGAGUAGCUGACUACAUUAAAUCCCAUGAUCUGCUCCGUGAUGUUUUGAGAGACUCUGGACGUGUUGUCCAAGGACCUCCAGGACCUCCUGGACUUCCUGGAAUACCUGGCCAAAGCCACAGGGUCAGUUCCCAGGAGAAUAUCGCAGAUGUGGUGGAAUAUCUCAAAUCUGCCGGUGUGCUGCGUGAUAUCGUGAGCGAGUACAACAGUCGAAUCUUUCAAGGACCUCCGGGACCUCCUGGCCCCGCGGGUCCCCCAGGACUCACUCGAUGGUCUGGUUCAUAUGGAAAUGCCACAGAGUUGCUGGAAUACAUCAAAUCAUAUGGCGGGCUUCGUAAUAUCGAGCGGAGUCAUAACGAACGCGCCAUCCAAGGUCCACCCGGAGCACCUGGUCCUCCAGGUCCACCAGGAUACAGCAGAGUGUUUGGUUCCCAUGCAAAUGUCACUGACUUGGUGGAAUACAUCAAAGCUCAUGGAGCCAUUGUAGGAGCACCUGGGAGACCAGGACAGAGAGGGGACAUGGGAUUCCCAGGUCCAAAAGGAGACAGAGGUGAUCAAGGCUUUCCUGGGCCUCGGGGACCCAAGGGACCAAAGGGGGACAGAGGAGAAAUCACAAUGAUGUCUGAAAGGAGGAGGAGUGUUGGUGUGUGAGAGCCACCAUUUACACAUGUGGACCAUUGAAUCAAGUCUGUACUGAGAGGCGUGUAAAUAAAGAUGGUGCAUCGAGCAUGUGGUGACACACACACACACACAAUACUUUUAUAUCCAUUUAAAUUUACUGCUGUCUUCUUAAAAUCACAGACUUCACUGUAGCCUUGAAUUAGCUCGUCUUUUCCACUGUAUUGACGAGUUUUUAUUCAGUGUGUUUCAGUUAAUUUCACGGUGUGGGACUCACUGAACCUUUGUUUGAAUCCAAGAGCAAAACUGUUUAUUUACAGCAAAAUACAAAUCAACAUUACACUGGCAUUCUAAAAACCACACUUUUUAAUGCAUGUUUUUUUUGAAUAUGGAUGCAGAUUUGUUUUUCUGUCAACACAAAAUCAAUUUACAGUUUAAUGAAUCCACAAAUGACUGAUUAUGCUAAUCUUUGCUGAGUAGAGCGGAGUGAGCUGUGGCGUCUGCCACAGUGGGGCAUUUUAUAUAAAUAGCUAUUUUGGUAUGUAUGUUGUGUUUUGGUAUGUAAUAAAUACACGACUGACUUUAAAGACAAUCAGAGAAAAUAUGAUGAUAGAAUUGUGACCAAUCAGAGGUCAAGAGCCAGUCAGCUCAUUUUCUUUUUUCCUUUUUUGCAUCAACUGUAUUAAAUGCAGUAUCACAGAUUUUUCCAGUCGGAAUAAAAAUGUGCACUGUAUGUUUGAAAAAAAGUCAAAUAAAACAAUUCACAAGUUUGA